GGGCGUGCCUGCCCACCUCUUGCCUUUCAGUGUGGCGCGGGCUAUGGCGGCGGCGAUGGCGGCAGCGGCGGCACCCGCAGUGGGGCCGGGGGCAGCCUCAGUGACCCGCGUCUCCUGCGGGAGGGACCUGAGCUGCGUCCCGGAGGUGGCGGGCACCCUCGGGGCGGUAGCCAGGCAAGGGUUUGAUUUCCUCUGCAUGCCCAUUUUCCACCCGCGAUACAAGAGGGAGUUUUUCCAGGAGCCAGCUAAAAGCCGACCAGGACCACAAACUCGCUCUGAUCUGCUGCUGUCAGGGAGAGACUGGAACACACUGAUUGUGGGCAAACUGUCCCCGUGGAUCCGUGCUGAUUCCAAGGUGGAGAAAGUUCGCAGGAAUUCCGAGAUGGCCAUGUUGCAGGAGCUGAAUUUUGGGGCCUACUUGGGGCUCCCGGCAUUCCUCCUCCCGCUGACGCAGGCAGACAACCCCAACCUGGCACGCGUUCUGUGUAACCACAUCAAUACUGGGCACCACACAUCUAUGGUAUGUCCCACAGGGCCUGCUGAGCAUCACGCUUCCAUGUUCUGGAUGCGGGUCCCACUGCUGGCCCCAGAGGACUUGCGGGAUGAUGUGAUUGAGAAUGAGGCAGUGCAGACGGCAGAAGAGGAGAGUGCAGGCGAGGAGAAGACCUGGCAGUGGUGGCACAACUUCCGGACCCUGUGUGACUACAACAAGCGUGUUGCCGUGGCCUUGGAGGUGGGCCCUGACUUGCCAUCCAAUCAUGUCAUUGACCGCUGGCUGGGGGAGCCAAUCAAGGCAGCCAUACUGCCCACUAGCAUCUUUCUGACAAAUAAGAAAGGUUUCCCUGUUCUCUCCAAGAUGCAUCAGCGCCUGAUCUUUCGCCUACUUAAGCUCGAGGUGCAGUUCAUCAUCACUGGUGCCCACCACCAUCCGGAGAAGGAGUUCUGCUCCUAUCUUCAGUACCUGGAGUAUCUCAGCCAGAACCGCCCACCCCCUUCUGCAUACGAGCUCUUUGCAAAGGGCUAUGAAGACUACCUCCAGUCCCCACUGCAGCCCCUGAUGGACAACUUGGAAUCCCAGACCUAUGAGGUGUUUGAAAAGGAUCCUAUCAAGUACUCCCAGUACCAACAGGCUAUAUACAAGUGCCUGCUAGACCGUGUGCCUGAUGAGGAGAAAGAUACCAACGUCCAAGUGGUGAUGGUGUUAGGGGCAGGGCGAGGACCCCUUGUGAAUGCCUCACUGCAAGCCGCUCAGCAGGCCAACCGGCGCAUCAAGAUUUAUGCCGUGGAGAAAAACCCCAAUGCUGUGGUGACGCUAGAGAGCUGGCAGUAUGAGGAGUGGGGUUCUCAAGUGACCGUCGUUUCCUGCGACAUGCGGGAGUGGGAAGCUCCGGAAAAGGCCGACCUCAUGGUGUCUGAACUGCUAGGCUCCUUUGCCGACAAUGAGCUGUCUCCAGAGUGUCUGGAUGGGGCAGAGCACUGCCUCAAAGAGGGUGGGGUGAGCAUCCCCUGUGACUAUACUUCCUUCCUCGGCCCAAUCUCAUCCUCGAAGCUCUACAAUGAAGUGCGCGCCUGCCGCGAGAAAGACCGUGAUCCAGAGGCUCAGUUUGAAAUGCCAUAUGUCGUCCGGCUUCACAACUUCCACCAGUUAGCUCCUCCACAGGCUUGUUUUGCCUUCAGACACCCCAACCCAGACCUUGUCAAAGACAAUAACCGUUACCAGAUGUUAGAGUUCCAGGUGGAUGUGAACACGGUGCUUCACGGUUUUGCUGGCUACUUUGAGACCACACUGUAUGGGGACAUCACUCUCAGUAUUCGCCCCGAGACCCAUUCCCCUGGCAUGUUUUCGUGGUUCCCAAUUUUCUUCCCUAUCAAGCAACCCAUGAGUGUGCAGGCCGGUGAGCAUAUCCAGGUGGCCUUCUGGCGUUGCAGUAACUCCAAGAAAGUUUGGUACGAAUGGGCUGUCGUCUCCCCCAUGUGCUCUGUCAUCCACAACCCCACAGGACGUUCCUACACCAUUGGACUAUGAGCAGGAGUCCCGUCUAUUCGCCUUAGCACUCUGCUAAGUUCCCUUUGCCUCCAACACAGAGACAAGGAAAAGCCUGUUCCACUUGGAGUAGUACCAGAGACUGGUUCUUUUUGGCAUAGUGUUUGGCACGGAUUCUUUUUGGCAUAGAGUCCCAUAUCCAGCAUCCAGUGUUUUCUGGAUAUGGGGGUGGGAGAAAUCCUCUGUUUGGAUUUAUUCUCAUGUUGAUAAAUGUUUUUCUGGCUUAUGGAAUUUCAAUAAAGUCAUUGAAAUGUG